AUGGCUCGGCUGGAGAUAGGGUCGAAGGGGCAGCAUCCGGACAUCGUGGUGAAGGAUGCAGAAGACGGUGAAGCUGCUGACACACGAAAAGGUCCAUCUGUGACCGAAAAGCCACACUUCCAGAUGUCAGCAUCCGCUGAAGUCUUCCAUCCCACGCAGCGCAGCAUCGAAGAGAAGAUCAGAAGCGCAUUCGAAGUUUCCUUGGUUCGCCGCGGGAACCAAGAGUCGGGCGGAGUAGCAGAACCACGAGGCUACGACCCGUGGGCAGCUUGGGCAUCUGGCUGUGGCCAGAGCACAUUCGACUACACGCAAGCCUAUGCCUACAGCCAGUGCUACGACCCGUCCUCGAACAACCAGAUGGCCUACCUGCAGGGACCGCAUUGGCAGCAACCGCAGCUUCAAUAUUGCUGGGCUAUGACCGAAGGAGUGAAAGCUCUUCAUGGUGCGGAUUGCUACAACGGCGACAGCUACUACUGCGCAAACUACUGUGGCUACGGUCAGGAUCAGGUUCCGAUUCAGCGAGCUUCCUAUACUGAAGGAUUCUGA